AUGGAACAACAAGCUGCGAUAUUCGCACGGCUCGAGGAAAUCGAGAGAGAACGACUGAAGCUGCCGGCACCAACAGGAACAGCGUUUGGGCCAGGCAGGGCCGAGUCAAGAGCUCCGGUGCCAACGACGAUAGCAACAUAG